GCUUGGUCUGGUCACACUUGGAAUUGCUAAAUGUUUUCAUAAUUUGUAGCCGGCGCUUGUAAAAUGCUUGUAAUUAUAUAAGAAACAGGCAGUAAUGGAUCCCAUUGAUACUACCAAGCGCAAGCCCAGACGCACCCUCGGCACACCAUCGUAUACGUACCGCAAUCGCUUCGCCUACGCCCUGCUGGCCGCUGGAACUGUCCUCUUUGGGAUCUGGAGCCUGACGCCCAUUCAGCGUAUUUCCAACGAGAGGCUGUCAACGGCGUUGGUCCAAACAGAGCAGGAGAGGGAUAGGAAGGGACUCUUCGAUUUUCCCGCUCCGCGAACAGCGAGAUUCAUCAAGGAGGCCAUCGAGGAAAGCGAGGAGCAGAGAAUUAAAUAAUGGAUCGCCAGACGCG